AUGAUCGCGAAUAUCGCCGCAGGAGCCGCGAUCGAGACUAUCGAAGCAGGCGAGAUGAUUCACGCGACCGAGACCGGAGGCGCACAGGUACGUUUCAGAUCUGCUGUCGUGUCUCAGAACAGUGGUGCUCACUUCAUUUAUCAGCCAUCCAAACCGGCCGCCCCUGCCACGACCGUUCCAACCGACGAGGAGAAGCGAGCGGAGAGGCUUGCCAAACUGGAAGCUUGGAAACAAAAGCAGGCCGCCGAGCGUGAACGGAAAUCGCGAGAACAAGCUGCGAGUGGACCCAAGAGUAUCCUGGAAGAGAUUGACCGCAAGUCGGGUCUCUCGCCCGCUGUCGGCUCGCCUCAAACUCCCGCAACUCCUACGGAGUCCACCACUCCCGCCCCUUAUGCCGGAAAGUUCGACCCCAAGGCUAUCGCUAAGCACUCCACGACAACGACUGCUGGACCCGCCGUCCUCGGCACCGAUGUUGCUGUUCCGCUUCCCUCCAAAUCUUCAACGGCCUCGUCUACCGGCCCAUUGGCCCAGCCCAGCAAGCCUGCUGCCAAGUCUUCUACUCCUUUCAAGGCCAAGGGUAAUGUCGGCAGAUUUGGACUAGUUGCAAAGCCAGCUUCGGAUAACGAGAAGGCCUCUGCAGUUCGGACACUGGGGUUUGGUGAGGAAGAAUCAACGCGCAAGAAAUUAGAAAGGCUACCUACUCCGCCACUAGAAGAGGUCAAGAAUGCUGAUGUUGUUCCCGACGACGCUGGCGACGAUGAUGACGAUGUCGACAUGCAAGACGGAACAGAGGAAGAAGCCGCCGCCGCCGCUCGUGCCGCUGCAGAAAGACGAGAAGAGCGGCUCCAAAACCAGGGUGACGCAUCCGAAGCACCGCAGACGAAUGGAGAUACUCACAUGGCCGAUUCAUCAAAUCAGCAAGGCGAGCCUACUGCGAUGGAAGUCGAUGAGGCGGAAGAAGUUGAUCCUCUGGAUGCCUUCAUGUCCGAAUUGGCUGAUACCGCUCCUCCAAAGAAGACUGCCGGUGCGAAGUUCUCGAGAAAGAAAGAGUCGCAACAACCGCAGGCCAUGUUUGGUGACGAUGAAGAUGUGGACAUAACCGCCGUCGGAGAGGACGACGCAGACGACUUACUCGCCAUGGCAAAUAAGAAAAAGAAGAAAGAAAUCCCCACUGUCAACCAUGCCAAAGUUGAGUAUGAGCCAUUCCGGAAGCAGUUUUAUAAUGAGCCUUCCAAUCUGGCUGAGAUGACGGAGGAAGAGGUUGCAAACCUGCGUCAUGAACUUGAAGGGAUCAAAGUACGCGGACUCGAUGUUCCGAAGCCUGUUCAGAAAUGGUCGCAAUGUGGAAUGGGUGUGCAAACUCUUGAUGUUGUCGACCGGCUGGGGUACGAAAGCUUAACUGCUAUCCAAGCACAGGCAAUUCCUGCGAUCAUGUCUGGUCGCGACGUUAUUGGUGUCGCUAAGACUGGAUCUGGAAAGACAGUUGCUUUCCUCAUUCCAAUGUUUCGACAUAUCAAGGACCAGCGACCACUCGAGAGCAUGGAAGGCCCUAUCGGUCUGAUUAUGACGCCUACCCGUGAAUUGGCCACUCAAAUCCACAAAGACUGCAAACCCUUCUUGAAAGCGUUGGGCCUUCGGGCUGUCUGUGCAUAUGGCGGUGCUCCGAUUAAAGAUCAAAUCGCCGAACUCAAGCGAGGCGCAGAGAUCGUUGUUUGCACACCUGGCCGGAUGAUCGAUUUGCUUGCGGCGAAUGCUGGGCGAGUCACAAACCUACGACGCGUCACCUACGUCGUUUUGGACGAAGCUGAUCGCAUGUUUGACAUGGGCUUCGAACCCCAAGUGGUGAAAAUCAUGGCAAACGUCCGACCUGAUCGCCAGACCGUCCUUUUCUCCGCCACCUUUCCCCGGAAUAUGGAAGCGCUGGCUCGGAGAACCCUGAAGAAGCCGGUUGAGAUUGUCGUGGGUGGUAGGAGUGUGGUGGCUCCUGAGAUCACGCAGAUCGUCGAAGUCCGCAGUGAGGAUCAAAAGUUCUUUCGACUACUGGAACUGCUGGGCAAUCUGUACUCGGACGAUGCGAAUGAGGAUGCUCGGGCGUUGAUAUUUGUUGACCGUCAAGAAUCCGCCGACAACCUGCUGAAAGAACUCAUGCGGAAGGGCUAUCCGUGCAUGUCAAUCCAUGGCGGCAAGGACCAAAUUGACCGUGACUCCACCAUUGAAGACUUCAAGGCAGGUAUUUUCCCUGUCUUGGUUGCCACCUCGGUUGCUGCUCGUGGAUUGGAUGUCAAGCAGCUCAAACUCGUCGUGAACUACGAUGCCCCGAAUCACCUGGAAGAUUACGUUCACCGAGCGGGUCGAACGGGCCGUGCUGGCAACACUGGUACUGCAGUGACCUUCUUGACGGAAGACCAAGAGCGAUACUCGGUAGACAUUGCCAAGGCACUCAAGCAAAGUGGACAAGAAAUCCCCGAACCCGUCCAGAAGCUGGUCGACGCCUUCCUGGAGAAGGUGAAGGCCGGCAAGGAGAAGGCAAGCACCUCUGGAUUCGGCGGCAAGGGUCUUGAACGUCUCGACCAGGAGCGCGAGUCUGCUCGUAUGCGUGAGCGUCGUACUUACAAAACCGGCGAAGAAGGCGAAGAGGAGGAAGAGAAGGAUGGAAAGGCUGAGAAGGACGAUGAGCGUUUCAACAAGGCACUCUCAUCCGUCCAAUCUGCAGCCGCGCCCGCGCCCGCUCAGCUUGUCGGUGUUCCCAAGGGCAUCGACCUGGAUGGCAAGAUCACAGUGCACAGAACCGAAAAGGAUCCCGCUGCCGCAUCUAAAAACCCUCUCGACAAGGUCGGUUCUGCCGUUGCUGAUAUCCACGCGCGCCUGAGCCGAGCCGGCGUGAUGAGAUCGGGUGUCCCUAUCGACAAUCGUGGACCGGAUGCUGGGGCGUUCCAUGCCACGCUUGAGAUCAAUGACUUCCCCCCACGUUGGGGCGUCACCAACCGCACGAACGUCGCCAAGAUCCUGGAGGCUACGGGCACGUCGAUCACGACCAAGGGCAGCUUUUACGCAGCCGGCAAGGAACCAGGCCCUAACGAGAACCCCAAGCUGUAUAUUCUGGUUGAGGGCGAAACUGAGAUAUCGGUGACGAACGCCAUGCGCGAACUGAUGCGCCUGCUCAAGGAGGGAACCGUGGCGGCUGCGGAUAGCGACGCUCGGGCCCCGGUGGGUGGACGGUAUAAUGUUGUUUAG